AUGGAACAUCUUGUACAUAAUCGCGGAAGGUUUGAAAACAUCGGAUUGACAAUAAAAGAGAUCAAAAUAAUCGAUAAACCAACGAUUAGACAGCCAGGAUAUUUCAAUUCGAUGGAAAAAGAAUGGACGGCAGAACAACUAUUAGAGAGCUUUGCAAGAUACGAGGCAUCUCCAGAUAUUUGCUUGGUUCAUCUGGUGACGGCUCGCAAUUUCGUAAAUAGCGCAGUGUUUGGGAUGUCCUUCCGUGGUAGUGAUGACCUGGACGAUUCUGGUGGUAUAUGCUCUGAUAUGGGUCGAAGACAAGAUGCAACGAUAUACGGAAACGUUUUACUAACUACUGUGAACGAACAACGAACAAUAAGAUUGCUUACAAAAUCAAUUGACAUCGUCGUAGCACACGAAUACGGUCAUGCGUUCGGUUCUCUUCAUGAUGUUAUGGUUUCAUCAACAGACAAUGAAUUGGAAAACUGUUCUCCUUCUCAUAGUGAUGGAGGAGCUUACAUAAUGUCCGAAUAUGCUCAAAAGGGUUACGAAGUCAACAAUGAGAAAUUUUCCCCAUGCUCAAAGAAAAUGAUACGCGAUGUGCUCAAUUUGAAAUAUUCAACUUGUCUUGAAGAAGAAAGGAAGUCGUAUUGUGGAAACGGAAUUAUAGAAGAUGGAGAAGAAUGCGACGAUGGAGUAGGCAAAUCGACAAGUUCACACGCAACUUGUUGCCAUGCAAACUGCACGUUGGCUGCCAACGCAAAAUGCUCGCCUCGGAAUUCAGCAUGCUGUACUGACGAUUGCCAAUAUCAUGCCUCCACUCAUAUUUGUCUUCCGGGAGAUCCACUGUUGUGCAGAGGAAACGCAUACUGCAACGGAACGUCGGACGAAUGCUCUCCAGCUGAGCCGGUGGCCGAUAAACAACCUUGCAUUGAUAAUGGUGAAUGCCGAAAUGGAGAUUGCCUCUCAUUUUGCGAGAUAAUCGGCAAGCACAGCUGCCUGUGUGAAGAUGCAAAACUUGCUUGCCAACGAUGUUGCCGAGAAACGAACGGAACGUGCAAAGUUGAACCGGGAGGCGGAAAUCUACCCGACGGAACAGGUUGUGGAUUAGGAAUUUGCAGAAAGAACGAAUGCGUACGUGAAUCAAUUGAUCGAGUUCAAAAUUAUUUUCGAACUACAUUUGAAAAUACGGAAAAUUUGAAGAGUAAUUUGAAAUCAAAUAUUGUGAUCAUUGUCAUUUUCGUGAUAACAGUUAUAUGGGUGUUCGCACAAUUAAUAGUAUAUCAAAGGGAUAAAUAUAAAAAGAAAGUGAAGAUAAACGAAGAAAACCAAGUAGUCCGAACCAUUCAUGGCUAUUAG